GUUCUUUUCGAAGUUUCUAUCAACGGCGUCGGCCACAUGUUUGCUCGUGAGACGAGAUUUUUCGCGAAAUACCAUUGAAUUAUGGUCAAAAGUGCUGUGAAAUCAUAAGAAAGUGCUGAAUAAACUUGACAGUGACAUUGUACAAUUGAAUUGAAGUGGAAAUUUGCAAUAGUUUGCACGCAAACUCAAUAAAAAGAAUUUUUCAAAUACGCAAAAAGACUACGUUUUUUUCGUCUCUCUUAUAACAUUAUUCUUCGUCGUCAAUUGUCAGAUUUCGUCGUACUUUGCGUUCGGUUCGAAACUGUGCUUCGUGUGUGAAUAUCGGUUUUGAACGAAUAGAAUCGUAUGUGUAGAAAAUUGUACACAAAGCAAAGACCGCAAUAAAGAGGUGUUAAGAAGAAAACACAAAACGUGCGUUUAAAGUGAAUCGGAUUUUGAACUGUGUGAAUCUCAGCGAAUCGACGUUUGUCAACGUCUAGAUAUUGAUUUGUUUGAACGUUUUUGUCAUAUUUAUUGGGCAAGGAAGCAACAAAGAGUUUCCACAACGUUUCAGCAUUUUCUGGAGUAAGUAACGUAACUGACGUUACCGAUACUCCGGAGUCACACGAUAUACGAACUUAAACUAACAUGUCAGCAGCUAAAGAAGAAACUUCAAAAACGAGCGCCACCACUGCCACACCAACGGUGGUCGCUCCCUCUGGUCAAACGUCUACCGCAGCUUCUACUUCAUACGCUAAUGUAUUGCAAAACUUAGAGGCCAAAAAAGGUGCCAUAGCCAAAAGUGAAACCGCUGAAGUCGCCGUUGCUGAUUCCGACAAUAAAGAAAACCAGCCCAAUUUGAAGACAAUUAAGUCAUGGAGUGAGGAGGCCGCUGCUGCUGAAGCAGCUACUGAAAAUUUAUCCAAUACCGUCGUUGAAGCGAGUCCUUCAGUGACCGGUGAGAAACGGGCUGCAAAUACGGAUGCUGGGGCUGAAAAUUCUUCGGAAAUCGAUGAUAAUACUGACUUCGUACCAGUGGUUUCGCACCACCGCCGUGAUCGUAAAAAACCACGUAAGGAGAAACCUUUUGGACGUGAACGACAAAGUGGCAACGGAAAUAAUGGCAAUGAAAAGCUAACUAGUGGAGGCGGUGGACAGAGAUCCGGUGGCGGCAAUGGCAAUGGUAAUGGCGGUGGUGGUGAAGGUGGACAAAAUAAACGAGUAGGAAGAGCAGGUGGCGGUGGUGCUGGUGAUAAAGAUGGAGAUAAAAAGUAUACUAGCCGUCCACGCCAACGCGGUGGUAGCCCACGUAAGGGUGCUGCUGGCGGAGCACCAAAGUCUCCGAAGGAACGCAAAGAUACUUCGCCAAGUGCUAGUGUCGAGAACACAAGCAGUGGAAAUGAAGCAAAAAGUAGCGAUGCUGAAACUCCAGCGGCUGGAGCAAACGGUGCCCCAGCUGCUCCUCCUCAACCUAAGAAAUACGUUGCGGCACCCCCGCCAAAAGUAAACGCUUGGAAGAUAUCAAAACAAUCUUCCAGCCCCAAAACAACCGGUUCGUCGCCAUUAGAGAACAAGCGUGUUUUACAACCUAAACAACAGCAGCCGCAGCAACAACCCCAAAAAGUUGCCAACAAUUCAGAAACUGCUCCGGCGCAUACUAAUCCAGUUGCUGAUAGCAAUAAAAGCAACAAUCCAAGCACCGACAGCAGUAAAGCAGCAGCAGCAGCCACUCAGCCCGAGGUAAACGCAACAACAGCGUUAAGCUCAACAGCAGCAGCCCCGGCGGCAGCAGCACCAGCAGCAACAACUAUUGUUGUACCCCCCACAGACGUAGCACCGACUGCGGUUGUGAAUAAAGGCAAGAAAGUCAAUCAAAAGGCAAGUGAUUUCACUAACGCCGGCGAUUGGCCUAUGCUAAUAGGUGGCAAGCCCACAAAUAACGAAUCUAAACGUUCCACGAAACAUAAGCAGCGUUCUGCAAACGCAACAAAUAACAAUAAUAAAGAGGAUAACGCUAGAACAGCGGCAGCAGCAACAGCACAAAGCAACGCUGAACAAGCAGCAGCAACAACAAGCACUACUGCCACAGCAGGCGACAAAGCUACGACAACAAGUCAAACAGCAAAUGAGUCCAAUAAGUCUGGUACGCAAUCAGGCAGCGGUGAAGGCAGCAGUGGAUCUAGUGCCGCAAAUGCCACAACAACAGCAGCCAACACAAGCUCAGGAUCAAAUGGCAUCAAUAAGAAGAUUCCCAAACACAAGUGGCGACCUCUGCAAAUCGACCUUGCCAAAUCCAGCCGCCCGAAACCGAUUGGACGCCCCGCUAGACGUUUACCAAACACUACGUCUCGCUAUCACCAGCAGCAACAGCAGUACCACAAUCAAGAGCAACGCAGCAGCGGCGGUGAUCACAACAAUGCCGGCGGCGCAACAGAACAACAACAGCGCAGCGAUUGGCGUCAACAUGCACCGCCAAGUGCCGGCGGUAGUGAAGCAGUACGCGGCGGUGAACGCCCAGCGCGGCCCACUUCCCGCCCUACUGAGCGCAUUGAUUCCUGGCGUAGCGGCAGCGGCACCGAGCGCAGUAGUGCCGUCGGUGGCGGCAGCGUCGCAGAACGCGACUACGAGCGGCCAGCGCGCACGCAACGGCGCUUCCGGACGACCUAUCGGGGUGGGCGGCAAGGGCGCGGUGGAUUCACAAGACCGGGACCAGGUCGUACGUCAAAUCGCAUACCACGCCAUCUGUUAACCAGUGGCGAAUACGCAAGCUAUUUGCCGGCGGAUGCAGCCGGUGUCGAACAGUCCUCGUAUGUGCUCAUGGGCACGCACUAUUACGGCCCAGUGCCAGCGGCCUAUAUUGAAAUGGACGCACAAGCGGUUAAGGAGGCGAUCAAGAAACAAGUUGAAUACUACUUCAGCGAAGAGAAUUUAACUGGCGAUUUCUUUCUGCGUCGCAAAAUGGACCCAGAAGGUUGUAUUCCAGUCACAUUGAUUGCUUCUUUUCAUCGUGUCUUAGCUCUGACUACCGACGUGGCAUUGCUUAUUAACGCCAUCAAGGAGUCCGAGAAGCUGGAGUUUCUCGAAGGCUACAAAGUACGCACAAAGACAAAUCCCACAAUAUGGCCUAUUCGCGACGUGAUCGAGACUACAUUUAAUCCAGCCGCACAGGUGGCUGUUUCAAAUGCAGCAGUGAACACUGCAAUUGGCCAAACACCAGAAAGUGUAAAUAAUGAUAUACAAAAGACUAACCAACCAGCGAAUGCUACAGCCAACGCUGGCAACGAUAACAAUGUUGCGACCGGCAGUGGUGGCGAUGGUGUUAGCGUUGCGGCCACUCAAACUGUAGCUGAUGACAAUAAGAAUGCGGCAAGUCCCAUUGUGGCUGCCACGCCUACGGUAACGCCCAUAGCUGGUGUGGCGUACCCCAGCGAAGUGCCCUUACCGCCCAUACUUACCUCAGCUAUGGCAACGAAACCAUUGACUAGCAUCCCGCCACCGCCAGUGCCACGCAACUCUCAAAAUUUGGUCUCCUCGCUGUUGUUGCAGCAGGUGAAGCAAGUACCGACACCAGCUGUGAAUGCAGAGAAGGCCAUAAGUGCGCUCACACAAAAAGUGGCUGAAGUGGAGACUGGCAGUGGUGCUGUGGCUCAGUUGGCCGAUCACUUGAGUGGUCUGGCCGAAUGCGUGAAGAUGCCAACAGUGCCUACACAACCGCAAUUGACGUCGUCGACGCCACAGAAAGUGCAACAGAGUGUUGGUAAGAGGAGGGAGGAGCAAGGCAACACUGGAAAUACAGCGGCGGUGGUUGCCGACGAGACGGCGGGCGAUGCCGCUGAGGGCAUGUGGAAAGAGGUAAAGAGACGCUCAAAAUCAAAUGCUUUAAAAGAUACUAAAUCUCCCAAUCAACAACACUCCACACAAUCGCUAUCCACACAACAACAACAACUACAACAAAACACUAAAAUAUCCAACACAAAUGCUACCUCUGAAACGAAAUCAUCAUCGAUCACGCCAAAUAACAAUAAUAAUGUAAACAAAAUCGCUACAAAAACAAACACGGCAACAACCACAUUGAUCACUUCGAACGCCUCCUCCGCCACAUCGAAUGCCAAAAAUGUAAUUAACACGAACAACAUUACGAAUGCCACUACCACAACAACCAUUAUCAACAACAAAACAGCUUCUCCGCCCACCCCACAAUCAGCAACAGCUUCAGUUGGCGCCACCACAAAUGCCACUGAAAAGGAAGAAUUAGAUUUCCAAUUCGACGAAGAACUUAUGGAUCCCAUCCCAGCAUCUGGACGUAUAAAUAAUUUCACCGAAAAUUUCUCCGACGACGACGAAUCCGACUACGAAUUUGCUGAUCGCGACAUCAAUAAACUGCUGAUUGUUUCACAAGUACAACGUGCACCGAAACACGAAGGCUACGAUCGCACUGCCGACUACCAUUCACGCACUAAAAUCACACAAGAUCUCGAGAAUGUCAUAAAUGAUGGUUUGGCCAACUACGAAGAAGAUCUCUGGACCACAUCAAAUGUGGGCACAGCUUAUCGCACUGUAAAUGUAAUAUCCCAAGAAGAUUUUGAAAAAAUGAGUGGUGGUCGCGGUCAACGCAUCUACGCACAACAAGCACCGCCACCACCGCCGCCAGCUUAUGAGGAUGAGGAUUCCACACUGAAUAGUACGCUCAAUUCGACAUUGAAAUCACGUCGUGCACGUUUCUAUGCUGCACCCAGUUCACAUUCAAUUGAUCCGCGUACGCCACGUAAACGUAAGACCCGCCAUUCAUCGAAUCCACCAGUGGAGGCGCACGUCGGUUGGUUGCUCGACUCGGUCGAGCAUCGCCCACGUACCACUUCUAUGGGUUCGUCGGCGGGCACUUCACCAACAACCUCAUCCUAUGGUUCAUCUGUGCCACAAUCUUUGCCGGUCUUCCAACAUCCUUCGCACUCGUUGCUAAAGGAGAACAAUUUUACACAACAAGCUUACCACAAAUAUCAUUCACGCUGCCUGAAGGAGCGCCGUCGUCUAGGCUAUGGCCAAUCACAGGAGAUGAACACACUGUAUCGUUUCUGGUCAUUCUUUUUGCGUGAAAAUUUCAACAAAACAAUGUACAAUGAGUUCCGUUCUUUAGCGCUGGACGAUGCCAGUCACGGCUUCCGCUAUGGAUUGGAGUGUCUGUUCCGUUUCUUUUCGUACGGUUUAGAGAAGAAAUUCCGACCAAAUGUCUAUGAGGACUUCCAGGAUGAGACAAUCGCCGACUAUGAAAUUGGUCAACUCUAUGGUCUAGAGAAAUUCUGGGCUUUCCUCAAAUAUUACAAAAACGCCGACAAACUUACGGUAAAGCCAAAACUGGCCGAGUACUUGAAAAAAUUCAAAACUAUCGAAGACUUCCGUGUCGUUGAGCCCGAAAUCAAUGAAAUGCUGCAAGGUGUUGGCAGUCUCGGUCGCGGUCGCAACUUGAACCGGUUACGCAGCGUUUCUGAGAGUGAUGGCACAGCGGUAGUUGGCGUCGGUGGACGCAAGCCGAACACGACAAUCAGCAAUCGCAGCGACUACGUUGGCAAUCGGCCACAAUAUCAGCACCAAAACCAACAGCAACAACACAAUAAUCAACCGGCCGGCAAUUAUGCCAACUUCAGCAGCAAUCGACGCCGCACCGGCUCCUUCGGCAGUGGUAAUGUGCGUGUACGCAGCGGUUCGUUGGGCAAUAAGCCGCAAGUGGUGUCGCGCACCAACAAUUAUCAUCAUCACCAUUACGGCAGUUCACCGCACGAGCUACGUCGUGGCGGCAGCAAUUCCGGUCUGGCACCGCACAAGCAACAAAACCGCCAACAGCAACAGCAUCAGCAGCAGCAACAACACCAACAACAGGCGCAAAAGCCCAAACAGCAGCAACAGCAACAAGUACAAAUUAAGGAUUCCAAUAAUGCGCCGGGCGCAAACACAACAGCGGCGAAGAAAGAAAAUCAUCAGAACUAUGCGGCGGCGGCAGCAGCCAAAUCUAAUAAAUCGAUAGUCAACAAUAAUACAGCAACAAAAGUCACUGCGCCAGCCGCAACGGCAAGCGUGGCGGCGUCGGGCGCGAAUGCAACGUCAGCGGAGAAAUAAUUGUUUAUUAGCAUGAUUUUCCUUGAAUACAAAAACAAAAAACACACACACACUUAUUUGCUACUGUUAGUUUAUCCUAUCUUAUUAUAAUUACUAUAUUUUUUUUUGCAUAACGUAUGUAUUUUCUGCUAGUUUUUGAGUAUUUUCAUGACUACAAGCGACACACACAUACGAAAUUAGUACACAACACACAUAACGGUAAACUAAUAUGCAGACAACGGAAUAAAUAAUGCAAGUGAAUGCAAAAAGUUCAAUUGAUAGCGAAAUAUCAAGUCAAAACAAAUUAUAACAAUGAAAAUUAGUAAACACUUAGCAAAACGGUUGCGCAAAAAUUGGCAUUUGCUCUCUGGCAUUCUUAAUAAAUACAAAUACCAGCAAGGUCAAGUUGGAGCGCAACGUGCAAAUGAUUGUUAAUCAUGUUAAAACAUGUUACAUAUACCUGAAUUUUGUUUUUAUUUUCUUUUUAACUUAAUUUAUGAAAAAAAAUUAUGAAGAUGCUCAAAAUUCUGCUAAACUUUAUGAAAAACCCACACACACAUAUGUAUACACUAUUACUACGAUAUUGUCAUGCAUGUUACUAUUAAUUGUAAAUCUAAUUUCAUAGACGUUCAAAGCGUCGCUUUACGACUAUACAUACAUAUAUAGAUAUAUAUCUACAUAUAUAAAACAACCGAACAUAUAACGUUAAAGAAAUAUAUUUGCUAAAGUGACUUUUGUAUAAAAAUGCGAAAAAAGCGCAAACACAAACAAAAAUGCAUUGAUAUUUUCAAAAGGCAAAACAAGGCAAUCAAAGGGAAUGAGGUUGAAACCACAAUAUGUGAAUAGUUGAAUGUAGUGUGAGUAGGUUUAACUGUAACGGUUGUAAUGAGCAGCUCCUUUUAGCUCAACAGAUGUUCACCAAAACACAACGAAUAUGAAGCAAACGAGGUUUAUACUCACAUACAAACAUAUAUAGCCAACAUGAGACUGUUGCGCCAAGUCAAUGGGGAAACUAUUGAGCAAUAAUGCAUUGUUGAUGCAUAACAUUAAGGUUUACUACUGCAAACAGAGUUAGUAGAUACAAAAUGCAAACAAUUUCACCUAAAUAUUUCUAUUUGCUAAAUAUAUAUACUAUAUUUACAUAUAUAGUAUGGAUACACAUAUAUUGUGCUGGACUACAACUUUUGGGUAAACACAUUUUUUUAAGUAAGAGUAGCGGCAAAUCAAGAGCGUAGCAAGUAGCCGACACAGUGCAGCCAACUGCGUGCAUGUGUGUGUGUACAGUGCCAACCAAACUAGCUAGCUGCAAAGGUAAAUUAGUUAAAAGUUAAUGAAAAGAGAUACGGGUGGAAGACACACAUGCUGCUGCACUGCGUUGCAUAGCGGAAAUUAAUACUUUUUUUUUUAGAAAGGGAAUCGCUUACAUAUGAAGUAGUAGGUCAUUAGAAAACAGUGAGAGUGGAGAAGGCAAAUAGCUAAGUUAUUGGAAAAAUAGCAUAAUAUGCAAAAAUAUUUAUGCUAAGUAAUUUGAAAAAAAAAAAAAUGAAAUUAAUUGAAGUUAUUUAAAAAAUACAACUACAACUACAACAAUUAUGUGUUAGUCUAAAGCCACAAGAAAAGUAAAUUAAUGCAAUAUAUGACAAAGACAGACAUAACAAAUGUAUACAAGCAUUGCUAAGCCAAUAAAAAUUUAUAUAUUUGUAUUAUAUAAGUAUGUAUUAUAUAGUGAGUGCAUUAUGACGUUGACAACUGUUCGACAACAAACACUACUACUAACCACAUAUAUAAAUAUGUAUGCUUAUAUGUAAAGUACAGUUAUAUAUAUAUAGAUUGAUACUUGAUAUUUAAAUGCAAUGCGCAGUAAACGAAAACAAUAAUAUAUUUGUAUGGUAAAUUAAAUAUAAAUUUAUGAAAUAUUAAAAUAUUGUAAGCGUUAACACGCAAUAAUUAUAUGUAAACGUUUGAUUAAAGCUGCAAAAACAACUAAGUAAACCUAAAGCAAGACAGCUGUAGAGUCAUAAGCAUUUAAAAAGCAAGAAAGAAUUAUAACAAUAACAACAAAAAGUCGUAGAGCUUCACAUGCAACAUGCGAAAAAAGUUUCAAACAUGUUGCAACUGUAAAUUGUUGCAAGUGUAGAAUGUUGCAGCACUAAAAUGUUGUAACUGUGAAAUGUUGCAGCUGUAAAAUGUUUGCAACUGCAUCAAGUUGCAGCUAUAAAAUGUUGCCUCUCUAAAAUGUUGCAGCUCUAAAAUGUUGCAACUUCCAAAUGUUGCAGCUGUAAAAUGUUUGCAACAUGCAAAAUUUUGCAACUGUUACCUCUCUAAAAUGUUGCAGCUGUAAAAUGUUUGCAACUCCAUAAUGUUGCAACUUCAAAAUGUUGCAACUUCCAAAUGUUGUAAUUAUGUGUCAUAUAAAACACCCAAAAAGCAGCAACAUAUUUCCUAACCGUUAAAAAAAAUGUAGAGCUCUACUUCUUCAAUAUUGAUAUUGUGUGUAAUGCAUAAGUUACCAGUAACCAGUAAAGUAAUGUUAGUGUACUCAUCAAUGCAACAAAUUGCAAAACUUCUUACGAUUAUGUUGUGAAUUUUCUUUAAUAUAUAUAUAUUUUUUAUUUAAACUAUGCCACUCAGCAAAAAUAUUGCAUACACAUGUUGCCACAUGCCACAUAACAUUUAUAUAUUGACACAAACACCCACACUGCCGUCUACUACUACACAGUGUAUGCCCCAACAAUAGCAUUUUCACACACACACACCAAAAUCACCAAAUAGCAAUUUAUAAAAAUAACAAAAACGUCAUGUUGCAACUAACGCUGCAUGCGCGAAUUCCAAAUGCACUGUGUUGCCGUAAGAAAAUCCAUACAUUAUUGCAAUUAAAUCAACUACUCUAUAACACUUGUUCUGCCGGCCAUAUAACGGUUGAGCGUCUGUUUUUUCUCGAUUUGUUUUUUUUUUUCUCAAAUGAUUUCAUAAUUAACUUUUUUUUAUUAAUUAGUUGUGUAAGCGAUUUCAAACUAUAUAUGUUAAUUAAUGUUAAGUUUUCAUUUGGUUUUUGAUUACAACUUUGAAUUAACGAAUACAUAUAAAUAUAUAAAACAAAAAUAAGUAAUUAAAAAAUAAAAGUAAAAAAAAAUAUAUAAAUAAAUAAAAAUUUGAAAGCGUAUUAAAGCGCUAAAAUCUAAAAAAAAAAUACUGAAUUUAAAUAUUAUUAACUAUAAAAUGCUGAAAUAACUAAAUGCAACUCUGCAACAAGCCGUUACAUGUAGCCAAACAAAAUUACGAAUUAAACAGUUAAAUCAAUGAACCGUCAUGAGCUGAGAAUAUGUAGUUGUUUACACUAAACGAUAACUAAUUAAUCAAGUAAAAAAUAUAAUUAAAAAUAUUAAUUUUUUAUAUAUGUUUAAGUGCAAAAACAAAACAAAAAAAGCAGAAGUUAAACUAAUGAAGCAAGUAACAAAAAGUUUAAGCACAUACAACCAUAUAAAAAAGAUAUAAAUAUAUACUUAUAUAGAGACUUUUUACCAAAACGAAUUAACUAUGUAAACUAAAACUGAAACUGAGAAAAUGCAUAAUUAUUUGAAACAAAGAAGCAAUCGUUUUUCGUUAAACCAAAAACAAAAAAAAAACAAAUGAAAAUGGCAUAAUUUAUUAUAGUUUGCAACAAACCAACAAAUAUUUGCAAUACGUUUGUUUGUAAUUAACGAAAAAUCACUUUUUGUGUACAUAUAUAUACAACAACAAGUUUAGCGCUGUAAUUUGAAUAUUAUCGUUUUUUUUUAUUAUUAUUUAAAUACAUAUACUUAAAUUAUAACAAUUUUAAUGCGUUUUUUAGAAUAAUUUUAUUUUUCUUCUUGGCUAAAAAUUUACAUAAAAAUAUUUUUCUUCUUGUAAAUAAUUUUACGGUGCGUAGAAAUGAAGUGAAAAAGAUAUUAACAAUUAUUGCUGCAAUUUGUGUGCAAAAACACAAGAAAAUUUCAAAAAAAAAAAAAAACAAUUCUAAAGAAAAAUCUCAAAAAAAUUCAGAUCCACACAAAAUUAACAGAAUAACAACAUAUACGAAAAAUAUGCGUGAAUAACUAAUAAAUUUAUAAAUAAAAAAUAUUACAAAUUAAAUGAAAAAAAAAACAGCCAACACUGUCACACAGCGCGGUCGCGCUGUUGGUCGAGUUGUGGCGCCGCGCAGCACUUGUUGCCUCGGUCUUUUGGCUGCCCGCUGUCACGCCCACCUACACAGCCGGCUACAAGCGCGCAGUUUGGCGAUGCAAAUUAAUUAUAGCAUACAUAUACAAAGGAAUCGCACAUACUUGAACAAACCCAACAGCAGGUACCGUCUGUUUUCCUAUAAAAGCGUAGCGAAAAAAAACGAAA